AUGGAAACACCUCCAUCAAUCGCAAUUAUCGGCGGCGGACCAAGCGGGCUGGUGCUUGCUCGACUACUGGAAGUCAACGGUAUCACAGACUACGUCGUCUUUGAGCGAGAUAAGUCCUCUACACCAGGUCCGAAUGAACAAGGUGGAACUCUGGAUCUGCAUGGAGACUCUGGUCAAGAAGCCCUCAAGCGAGCCGGCUUGUUUCACAAGUUCAGCAACGAGCUUGCGCGCUGGGACGCUGCGUGUUUCCGUCUACUUGACUCGGCCGGGGAGACAAUUGCCAACUUCAGUGAGGUGGGGAAUCGUCCUGAGAUUGAUCGUUUGCAACUUCGUCGUCUUUUGCUCGAGUCGAUUCCUCAGAACAAGAUUCGAUGGGGACAUGGUGUUAAAUCCGUUGAAAGAAGAGGGAGUGAGGGGAGGACUGUUGAUGAUAAUGGAUGCGUUAUCCAUUUUGCCAAUGGUUCCUCUGCUACUGGCUUCCGACUUGUUAUAGGCGCUGAUGGCGUAUGGAGCAAAGUUCGUCCUCUGCUCACACCUGCAAAACCAAAAUACUCUGGUAAGAUCUACAUCGAGGGCAAAAUCUCGCACAACAACCCGAGCUACUCCGUCGCCCAUGACCUGGUCGGACCGGGGAAUAUGCUUGUGCUGGGAGACCAGAAGAUGAUAGCGGUGCAGCAGCUAUCCGAUGGACAUUAUCGCGUUUAUUUCGGGCUGGUCGCACCUGAAGACUUCUAUCAACGCAAUACCUCCAUUGACGCUGAUCCCAUUGAAGCCACCGAGGGAAUCCGUACUCGCCUUGAAUCCUCGAAUGAGUUCUUCGCGAAUUGGACACCGCGUGUGAAGGCAUUUGUCGAAAACGCGGAAGGUCCAUUCCGUCCCUGGCCUUUGUAUUUCAUUGACCCCGAAACAGUUGGCUGGGAGCGCUCCAUGGCCUCCGGUGUGACAUUGUUGGGGGAUGCUGCUCAUGCUUCUACUCCCUUUGUUGGCGAGGGUGUUAAUUGCAGCAUGUAUGAUGCGGUUAUGUUGGCAGAGUGUCUUGUUAGCCAUUGCGGCACAAACACUACGUUGGCCAAUGUGGAGGAGGUAAAGCUGGAGGCUGCAUUGACUGCGUACGAGAAGGAUAUGUUCACACGUGGUCAAGAUUUGAUUCGGCGCAGCCAUGAGAGCGGGAGAAUGCUAUUUUCGGAUAAUGCUGGUUCACUUACUCUCCAGAUGCUCAAUGAUGAAGCCGAGGAUGAGACAGUCAAGUCUUAG